AUGUCCAGAGUCAGUGCCAAGAAUAGGAAAAGACGAGGGUGGGACCCAGGGUCAGUGCCAAGGUUAACAGAGCCCAAGGAGGACGAGAGUCGGGCUCGGGUGAGAAGGACCCUGAGAGUCACCGUGAAGCCGAGCGGGGCGGAGCCGAGGCGCGUGCCGGCCGAGGCGCGGCUGGGAACGGACGAAUUGCUGGACGCCCGGGACCUGCUGUGUGCGGCGCAGGUGGACGAGGUGUGGAAUGAGGCUUCAAGGACCAGGGAACUGUGGAGGCAGCUGUGUCUGAGACGCUGGUCAUCCUACAAGGUCUCCAAGCUGGACCUGGGCGCACAAACUUGGAAAGAGUAUUAUCUCUGCCGAUCUGAGCUGGAGUUCCGAAUACAUUCUGGGAGACCGGGGAAGGGCUUCAUCUGCAGAGCACUUUCUGGGCAUACAGGAUACAUAGAUAAACUGGUCUACAUCUCAUCCAGUGAGUACCGGUUUGAUGGGAGGGAGAAGCCCGUGGUCUAUAUUGUGUCUGUGGACCGUACUGUUCGUGCCUGGGAUUUACUUGAGGGCACGGAGAUCUGGUACAGCCCUCUGUAGCCUGCCGCUCUGGUGAAUUUGGUGACCUACCCUCAGCUGCAGCUGGUUGUCACAGUGGACACACAGGGAUUGAUCAAAGCAUGCAAAGUAGAGACGGGGCAGGAGUGGGCCUCCUUCUUCCUACCAACCUACCUUUCUUCAUUGGGAGCCUGUGGCCAUCCAGAGGGCCGCCUCCUGCUGGUGGCCUGUGCUGAAGGGAACCUCUAUACUCUGGUGCUGCCUCAGCUGCAACUGGUCUCCGAGGUGACUGCAUUUCCCAACAGCCCCAUAAAGCUCGUGUGCUCUCCUGACUGCAAGUGGGUGUGUGCAUCCACACAGAAUUCACACCCGGGCCCAAAGGUAUUCUACACACCGUCUCUGCUGUUCCCAUCUGAAGAUGAGACUCCUGCCUCUACCGCCCUCUCCAUCCGGCUGAGUUUCCAUGCCUGCUGCGCCCCUGAUGAGGCAUCCAGAUUGAUUGCUAUGCACUGAAAUGACAAUGGCAUGCAGCUGAUUAUCUCCACCUAUGAGCUAAGGGCUGAGAAGUCCAGGGAAGAAGUGGACAUUUUGGUACAACAGAUUGCCAGUUUCCCAUUGCCAGACACUGAUACCCCACACCUCAUGAAAAGCCACAGCUCACAGGUACUCCUACUGGUGUUUGGACUGAAGCUGGUGCUGUUCACCAUAUACGGCCGGCAGCUGGCAGCCUUCCAGGACCACCAGAGGCCCAUCACGUCUGUGUGCGUGGACCCUAGCCGAUCAUCAUCCCUUGACUGCUCUUUGUGAGUCUAUGUGUGGAAUAAGAAAAAUAAAUCCCCAGUUCUCAAAAGCUGCUGUCACUUGCUUGAGGGAUCUCACAGAUGGGCCAGGGGAUAUACCCACGUGGAAAGUGACAGCAUGAAUAUUGUAGGCAUAGAAGCUAGAAGCAGUGGAACAAGAGUUCUAAGGUCAUACUGCUUCAAAGUGGAGCAUGGCUGAAAUGAUUACACCAAGUUGAAGAUGCCAUCACUUUGAAAGAGAGAGAGAGUGAAAUAUCAUCCAUCUACUGGUUCACUCCCCAAAUGGACACCUCAGCCAGGUCUGUCCCAGGCUUUGAAGCCAGGAGCCAAGAAUCUCAUCCAGGUGGCAAGAACCCAAGUGCUUGGACCAUCAUCCAGUGCUUUCCCAGGCACAUUAGCAGGGAGGUGAAUCGGAAGCAGGACUCAAACCGGCAAUCUGAUAUGGGAUGCCAGUGUCACAAACAUCAGCUUAACCUGCUGUGCUAUCAUGCCAGCCCCAGGUGAGGGAAUACUAGGCUGCCCAGGAAUGUACCAGGAACAUUAAAAGAUUGCAU